AUGAAAGAUAUUUUCAAGUCUGACGAACUCGCCAUCCCUGAAGGUGUUAAGGUUUCCAUCAAAUCCCGUAUUGUCACCGUUGAAGGUCCUCGCGGUACUCUCACCAAGAACCUCCGUCAUUUGAACAUUGAAAUUACCGUUGUUGGUCAAAAGAUCCGCUUCGUUGUUCACCACGGUCUCCGUAAGCACGUUGCCUGCAUUCGUACCGUCCGCUCUCUCGUUAACAACAUGAUCAUCGGUGUUACCAAGGGAUUCGAAUACAAGAUGCGUUAUGUUUAUGCACAUUUCCCCAUCAACGUUAUUAUCAAUGAUGCUGCUGAUGCUGUUGAAAUCCGUAACUUCUUGGGUCAAAAGGUCGCUUUCCACGUUAAGAUGCGUGAAGGUGUCACCGUUGCUGCUUCCAAAUCUCAAAAGGAUGAAUUGAUCUUGACUGGUAACUCCUUGGAAGCCGUUUCUCAAUCUGCCGCUGAUAUUCAACAAUCUUGUUUGGUUAAGAACAAGGAUAUUCGUAAGUUCUUGGAUGGUAUUUACGUCUCUGAACGUAACGUCAUUGAAUCUGCUUAA